AUGCACAGACGCUCGUCUGGCUCGCCUGUCGAGGACGACGCUGAAGAUUCUUUGGCUUCUCGAACUCCGAACGAAUCAAGCUAUGGGCCCAAUGUCGCCGACUCGCCGGAGAAAUCGCGCCCGCAGGUAGCCCGAACAGGCACCAGCUUUGAGCUGCGUCGAGACAACGCCGGCGCAUCCACCCCGCGCUCCAGAAACUCGAGUAUGUGGAGAACCCCGUCGUCUGUCGCGUCGCCGACGACUCUGGGCCACUCCGACUCCAAGUCGUCCUCCGUCAUGAUGCCAUUGGCCUCGCAGCGACUCCCCAUGGAAUCUUCGCCUGACGCCCAGUCCCGAUCUCGACCGUCCCGCUUCCGAAGCCCGUGGCCGUGUUCGAUCCUAACCGCCGUGACAACCUGCAUUGCCUCCAUAUUCCUCUUUUUCAUCUGCCGUUCCUUUUCGACUCGGCAGUCUGGCGGAGAUGGCUGUGGCAUACCGGUCAUGAGUCCGUCGUUCCUUCAUAUGGUGGGGUUUGACACGGAACAUACGCGCUUCGCGAGCAAGUAUAAUCUCUAUCUGUACCGAGAGGCGGGCGUCGACCCGUAUACUCAGGAAAACCUCGGGUUGAACGGUGCCCCUGUCCUCUUUCUGCCCGGAAAUGCCGGGAGCUAUCGACAAGUCCGAUCCCUAGCCGCCGAAGCCUCGAGGCACUACAGCGAUGUGAUCCGCCACGACCACGAGCGUCUAGCGACCGGAACCCGGAGCUUGGACUUCUUCAUGAUCGAUUUCAACGAGGACAUGGCGGCCUUUCACGGCCAGACCCUGGUUGACCAGGCCGAAUACGUGAACGAGGCCGUGGCUUAUAUCCUCUCGCUCUAUCACGACCCGCGACGGUCGUGGAGGGACCCUGACCUACCGGAUCCCAGCUCCGUCAUCCUUGUUGGACAUUCCAUGGGAGGUAUUGUCGCACGUACCACGUUGACCAUGCCCAACUACCAAGCCAAUUCGGUCAACACCAUCGUGACCAUGUCUGCGCCCCACGCGAAACCUCCGGUAUCCUUCGAAUCCGACAUCGUUCGCACCUACAAGCAAAUCAACGAUUACUGGCGCGAGGCCUAUUCCCAGACCUGGGCCAACAACAACCCCCUGUGGCAUGUGACGCUCAUUUCAAUUGCGGGCGGCUCGCGCGAUACGGUCGUCCCUUCGGAUUAUGCGAGCAUAUCGUCUCUCGUCCCGGAGACCCAUGGCUUCACCGUGUUUACGUCCACCAUUCCGGACGUCUGGAUCGGGAUGGAUCAUCUAUCCAUCACUUGGUGCGAUCAAUUCCGGAAAGCGAUUAUCAAAUCGUUGUUCGAGGUUGUCGAUGUGCGACGUGCCAGCCAGACGAAGCCGAGGGCGCAGCGCAUGCGCGUUUUUAAGAAAUGGUACUUGACCGGACUGGAGCCCGUGGCGGAGAGAACCCUUCCCCAAAAAGAGCCGAACUCUCUCUUGACCCUUGAGGAUCAAGCCAAUGCGAUACUGCCGCAGGGUCAGCGACUCACGCUCCGGGAACUAGGCCAUCGCAACGGUCCCAACGUGCAUCUGAUGCCGGUCCCUCCGCAAGGGGUGCCGGGGAAGAAAUUCACCCUGCUCACCGAUCAACCCUUCGAGAGGGCCGGGGACCAGGGCAGCCUGGACGUCCUCUUCUGUAGCGUGUUCCCCUUGCACAAUGGAAAGUUCUCCACCAUCUUUUCCAUGAACGUGGACUUCUCCGGUGGUGGCAUGGGAUCUACGCGGCUUGCCUGCAAGAACGCCGCCGACGACGCGAUUCAUCUGCCAGCGUCGACAUCCACCUCGAAGCACCCCUAUGAGCGAGUCCAGCCAUACUCCUAUCUUCAGUAUGACCUGGAGGACCUGGCGGAGCAUCAGUUUGUGGCGAUCGUCGACAAAGCUCAUACACCGACUAAGGGAUGGGUGCUAGCAGAAUUUUCGGACAGCUCGGAUGCCGUCAUCAAAGCCCGGAUUGGCCUGGGCAGCCUGCUCAGUGCCGGAAUGAAGAUGCGGCUGCCAGCAAACCGACCCAUGCUGACCGAGGUGAAAAUUCCCGCCUUGUAUUCCAGCCUGCUUGACUACAAACUCAAGAUCGUCCAACGAGGCCCCAAAGGUCAGACGGAACUAUUUGCUCCCCUCCUGCGCCAGUCCAUCCCGGAUCCGCACGAGUCCAAGUUUUUCGUCAACGUGAAGGAGGUCAAUGUGAAUCUGCACGGAUUGGCGCCGUUCAUGCCCCCUCCGCUUCGAGACCAGGCAACCUAUGGCGGCGUUUCCUUUCAGCUUUGGACGGAUCCAAGCAGUGGCUCUACAGUCGACAUCUCUCUGUCGGUGGACAUUCUCGGCAGUCUGGGAGAGCUUGUGAUGCGUUAUCGCACUGUUUUUGCUGCGUUUCCCAUCCUUGUUAUCGCUCUCGUUCUUCGGAAGCAAUUCCAGGUGUAUGACGAGACCGGCUAUUUCCUUACAUUCGCAGAGGGUUUGGACCGUUCCUUGCGAUCUUCCUUGCCCGCUCUCCUACUUUCCAUGUCUUUGCUGGCUUCCUCGUUGGCCACCUCCAACAAGUUGCCGCCGAGUGAUGACCCUUUCCAUUGGCCUAUGAAUGCCACCGAGUCCCCGAUCGACUUCACCAAGAAUGACCUCCUUCUAGGCUCCCAGGACUCAUUCUUCUGGUUCCUGGUGCCUGUUUUCGGUGUAAUGAGUGUGGGUAUCUGCGUCAUUGUCAAUUAUGCAGCCCUGGCUCUCAUCUCGAUAUUCUCUAUGAUUUAUGGCUUUUUGAAGAGCAAAUCGGGGUACAUUCGGCGCGAUGAUAAAGGGAACCUCCCGAUCUUCUCGUCUCCCACACCCAGACGACGUGCGAUCAACACGGCCAUCCUGUUGAUUCUCGUGUCGACGGCCAUCCCUUACCAGUUCGCUUAUAUGGUGGCAUGCAUCGUACAGCUCGCAACCGCUGUUCGGGCCCAAUGGCAUGCCAAGGAAACUAAAUCUACCGCGCAUUACAAUUUCGCCAAUUACAGUUAUUCUAUCUUUGUGUUUAUGCUGUGGAUCCUCCCCAUCAACAUCCUCGUGCUUCUUGUGUGGGCUCAUAAUCUGGUCGUGCAUUGGUUUAUGCCGUUCUCAUCGCAUCAUAAUGUUUUGUCUAUAAUGCCCUUCAUUCUCCUCGUUGAAGCCAUGACCACAGGGACCAUGAUCCCUCGCGUCACGUCCCGGCUCAAACACCUCACCUACAUGCUCUUCUUUUCCAUUGCCAUCUACUCGGCAGUCUACGGCGUCUCGUACGCCUACCUCCUCCACCAUCUCGCCAACAUCUUCGCCGCCUGGCUGGUUGGAAUCUACCUCUUCAGCAGCGGCUUCUCCAUCCGUCGGCUAUGGCGAGUUCUAGAAGGAGACGAAGUAACGCAAACCACCUCCGAACCACGGAGCUACAUGAAGAAAAAACCAUAA